AUGUCAGCCCUCUUUUGUAGACUCGCAGCGCCCAGGUGCUCACCGAGGCGGUGGCUGGGUGUGAUUAUGCGGGAAACGCACGGCCGAACUACCUGUCUGGUUCACCGGGACAGAGCGCGACUGCUGGCCGGGGGCGGUUGCCCUCUGACGGCGUACAGUCGCGCACACAGCCGCAGGCAGCACACGGAGGCGGCCGGUCCAGUAGAGGUGGAUUUCAAGCGGUUAGAGGGGGAAGACGAUGGGAUAGUGGAGGUGUUGAUGUGCCGACUCAAGGCAAGAAACGCUUUGGGCCAUGUGUUUGUGUCACAGAUGAGGGAGCUGGUGUCCACUCUGUCCAAUGACUCAGCAGUUCGUGUGGUUGUCUUCAGGAGUUUAGCGCCAGGUGUUUUCUGUGCAGGUGCAGACCUGAAAGAGAGAGCUCUGAUGAACAACACUGAGUCUGAUCUGUUUGUUCACGGGCUGCGAUCCCUCAUGACUCAGAUAGCAUUGUUGCCCAUGCCGACCAUCGCAGCGAUGGACGGCGUUGCCCUGGGAGGUGGGUUGGAGUUGGCUUUGGCCUGUGACCUCCGCACUGCUGCAUAUUCCGCACAGAUGGGUCUGAUUGAGACCACACGGGGGCUGCUCCCAGGGGCGGGGGGCAGUCAGCGGCUGCCGCGGAUGAUCGGCAUGACUCUGGCCAAAGAGCUCAUCUUCACAGGUAGGCGUGUGGGAGGGCAGGCGGCCCUGGAGAUGGGGCUCGUAAACAGAGCUGUAGAACAGAACCAGACUGGAGACGCUGCCUACAGAGAGUCACUCAGCCUGGCCCGAGAGAUACUGCCCCAGGGUCCUAUUGCUGUGCGGAUGGCAAAAGAGGCAAUGAACAGAGGCAUCGAGGUUGACAUUGGUUCAGCAAUGGCAAUAGAGAGGAUGUGUUACGCCCGGGUCAUCCCCACGCAGGACAGACAGGAGGGUAUGGCUGCCUUUAUAGAGAAGAGACCCCCGCGGUACACUGGGGAAUAAACUCUUGCGAGCUAUUGGAUUUCUCUCUCACACAGACGUGCCCACACAGAUACACACCGCUCUCUAAAACCUCAUGUCUGAUAGGCAAUUAACUCCCAUUGAUUGUGUGUGUACAUCCUAGCCGUGUCGAUACAUUAGUUAGGGUCAGCGUGAGUUCUCAGUGACUGUUCGUGACAUCCAGGAUGAGACUGACUGAAGGUGGUUUUCAUGUGAAGGUUUAUACCGUUUUAUUCACACGUUCCAUGCACCAUGUGGUGUAAAGCUCAUAUUUGAAAUAAAAAGGCAACGUGAGCAUCGUC